CAAGAGAUGUGGAUGAUACAGAAAGCAACUGAAUCAUUUUGGACCAUUCAGCCAUUGGAGCUUCCUUCUCUUCCAAUGUCUUUUUGACUUUUGAUUCGCUCAAUCCUCUCGCCGCUGCAAGAGAGUUACUAUAACCUCCGCAAUACUGUCGGCGGAUGACGGCCGGCAUGAUGAACGGCGAUAGAAGAAGCGACGUAGAGGAUGAGUACAUUAGGAGGCACCACAAGCACGAGGUGAGGGAGAACCAGUGUAGCUCCUGUCUUGUAAAGCACAUCAGAGCUCCAGUUCAUCUUGUUUGGUCAUUGGUAAGGAGGUUUGAUCAGCCUCAGAGGUACAAACCGUUUGUGAGCAGGUGUAUUGUGCAGGGAGACCUUGAAAUUGGAAGUGUUAGAGAAGUUAAUGUUAAGUCUGGCCUUCCAGCCACCACCAGCAAGGAGAGGCUAGAGCUGCUGGACGACGACGAGCAUAUACUUAGCAUGAGGAUUGUUGGUGGAGAUCACAGGCUAAGGAACUACACAUCAAUCGUGACUGUACACCCAGAGAUCAUUGAUGGCAGGCCUGGAACAUUGGUGAUAGAAUCAUUUGUGGUGGACAUCCCAGACGGGAACACCAAGGAUGAAACAUGCUACUUCGUGGAGGCGCUGAUUAAGUGCAACCUCAAGUCAUUGGCUGAUGUCUCAGAGCGAUUGGCAGUACAGGGCCGCACAGAGCCUAUCGACAGAGUGUAGAGAGUAAGUACAGCAGCAGCGGUGUGGAUUUGCGGCUUUGGGGGUUUAAAUUAUGGUUGGUUGGUAGAGCGUACAUGGUUUUUGAUUAUUGGGUAGUAUUUGGCCAGUCUCCUAUCUUGAAAUGUUAUAUAGUCAUGCAGCUUCAUUGUAAUCAAUCGUAAAGAUCACCCUGGUUUGUUGCAUAUGCUCUUUGUUUAUUACCUUUUUUCUUUUGCCUCUUCCAAUAUUUCCAUAAAUGAAGAUAUCAUCUUUUGUUGCCUGUA